UAUAUUUUUGUGGAUAUUCAUUUAUUUCAUUUAGAUUGUUAAAUUUAUUGGCAUAUAAUUGGGUAAAAUGGCUCCUAAUAAUUGUCUUAAUUUGCUCAUCAUUGGUGGUAAAUUCGCUCCUUUUAUGUUUGAUACUAGUAAUUUGGUUUUCUUCUUUCCUUUUAUAAUCAAAUUAACCAAUAGUUUAUUUUGUUAAUUUUUUUUCAUAAAACAAGUUUCUAAUUUUAUUUAUUAUUUCAAUGGUUGUGGUUUUUGUUUUUUUUUUUUAACUUUCAAUUUUACUGAUCUCUCUUUUGUUUUCAAGAUUUCCAAUUCGGUGUUUUAAAAAUUUGUUCAUUUUCUAGUUUUUUUUUAAUUGCAUGCCCAAUUCUUUGAACUGUUCUUCCUCUAUUUUAUAGAUGUAAGCAAUUAGAGAUAUAAGAUUUCUUCUAAAUACCACUUUCCCUGCAUCCCAUAAAUUUUGGUAUGUUGUCAUUUUCUUUAAUGAAGUAAUUGAUUUUUUUUUAUCAUUUCUUCUUUGCUCCACUUGUUUUUUAGGAUUAGAUAAUUUAAUUUCCAAUUAAUUUUUAACCUCUCCAUUAUUGGAUAUAAUUUUUAUUGCAUUAUGAUCUGCAAAGGAUGCAUUUACUAUUUCUGCUUUUCUGCAUUUGGUUGUGAGAUUUUUCUGUCCUAAUGCAUGGUCUGUUUUUGUGUUGAUACCAUAUACUGCUGAGAAAAAGAUAUAUUCCCAUUCAGUUUUCUCCUGAGAUCUAUUAUAUCUAACUUUUUCAGAAUUUAUAUUCACCUCCUUCACUUCUUUCUUGUUUAUUUUUUGGUUAGAUUUAUCUAGUUCUGAAAGGAGAAAGUUGAGAUCCUCCACUAGUAUAGUUUUAUUAUUUAUUUCUUCCUGUAAGUCAUUUAACUUCUCUUCAAAAAUUUAGAUGUUAUAUCAUUUGGUGCAUAUUUGUUUAUUAUUGAUAUGACUUUGUUGUCUAUGAUAGUUUCCUUGUUUAUCUCUUUUAAUUAGAUCUAUUUUUGCAUUUUCUUUGUCUAUGACUAUGAUUACUACCCCUGCUUUCUUUGCUUCAGCUGAAGCAUAAUAGAUUCUACUCCAGCCCCUUACCUUUACCCUGUGUGUAUCUCUCUGCUUUAAAUAAUAUUUCUUGUAAACAACACAUUAUUAUAUUAUAGGAUUCUGGUUUUUAAUCUAUCUGCUUCUGUUUUAUAGUUGAGUUCAUCCUAUUCACAUGGAUAGUUAUCAUUGUAUUUCCUUCCAUGCUAUUUUUCACUUGUUUAUCCCUUUUCUUUUCCCUCCUCACAAAUGUUUUAUUUCUAAUAACCACCUCUCCCAUUAUACUGUCCCUUUUAUCAGUCCCCUUCUCCCCUUCUAUUAUCCUCAUCCAUUUUUACUUCUUUAUAGGAUAAAAUAGAUUUCUGUAAACACCUGAGUGUGUAUGUUAUUACUUCUUUGAACCACUUUUGAUGAGAAUACAGAUUCAAGCUUUGCCUGCACCCCAGCGCCUAGCUUCCCUUCCAUCAUAAUAGCUUUUUCAUGCCUCUUUUAUGUGGGAUAAUUCAUCCCCAUUUAAUCCUUACCCCCUCCUUCUUCUUCCAGUGCCAUUUUCUCUCACUCCUUUAUUUUUUGGGAGGGUAUCAUCCCAUCAAAGUCACCUUAUAUUUACACCCUCUAUCUACAUAUAUUUCUUUCAAUUGCUCUUAUAGUAAUAAAGUUGUUAAGAGCUACAACUAUUAUCUUGCCAUACAAAAAUAUAAACAGCUUAUCUUUAUUGAAUUUCUUAUGUUUUCUCUUUCUUAUUUCUUUUUUUUUUUUUUUUUUUUUACCUUUUUAUAGCCUUACAUUUGGAAGUCAAAUUUUUUAUGUAGUUCUGGUCCUUUAAUCAGAAAUGUUUGAAAGUCCUCUAUUUCAUUAAAUAUCCAUUCCCCUUUCUGAAAGAUUAUAUUCAAUUUUGCUGGAUAGGUGAUUUUUUUGUUUAAUUCUAACUUCUUUGCCUUUGAUAUAUCAUAUUCCAAAUCCUCCAGUUCUUUAAUGUGGAAGGUGUAAAUCCUGUGUAAUCUUGACUGUAGUUUUUGAAUUGUUUCUUUUUUAAUGCUUGCAACAGUUUCUACUUGAUCUGUGAGCUCUGAAAUUUAACUAUCAUAUUCCUGGAAAUUUUCAUUUUGUAAUUUCUUGCAGGUGGUGAUCAGUGGAUUCUUUCAAUUCCUAUUUUGCCCUUUGGUUCUAAUAUACCAAGGUAGUUUUCUUUGACAAUUUCUUGAAAGAUCUUGUCCACACUUUUUUUUAUUGUGGUUUACAUAGUCUAAUAAUUCUUAUAUUAUCUGUCCUGGUUCUGGUUUUUAGAUCAAUUGUUUUUCUAAUGGAAAAUUUCACAUUUUCUUCUUUUUUUAUGUUUUUGAUUUUGUUUUGUUAUAUCUUGAUAUCAUUAGUUUCCCACUUGUUCAAUUCUGAUUUUUUUAAGGAAAUAUUUUUUCAGUCAACUUUUGUACUUCCUUUUCCAUUUGAUCAAUGCUAUUUUGAGGGGAGUUAUGUUCCUUGGUAAAUUUUUAUAAUCUUUUCCCAUACUAUUGACUUUUCCUCAUAUUUCUUGUAUUAUUUUCAUUUAUUUUUCCAUUUUUUCUUCUACUUCUCUAAUUUGCUUUUUUAAAUCCUCUUAAAGUUCUUCCAGGAAUUCUUUUAGGGCCUGAGCUCAAAUUACAUUUUUCUUUGAGGUUUUAUAUAUAAGCAUUAGACACUAUUGUUUUCUUCUCAGUUUAUGCCUUGAUCCUUCCUAUUACCAUUGUAACUUUCUAUAGUCAAGUGGGGUUUUUUUGGUUUUUGCUGACUUAAAAAAAUUUUUUUUUUGAUUUGGUGAAGUGAGAUUCUGAUCCUGUACUGUCAUAAGAUUUCUGUCCUGGGGCUCUGGUUUUUACUGUUGACUUUCACUGGGCUUCAGGGCUUAGCUGCUUGCUUUCUCUGGAGGGCAAGUUUCCUUUUUGGCUUGUGAUGGAGGGUAGAGUCUCUCCAAUGAUCUCCCCUGUGUGUGGAGUUUAGCAGGUGCCCUGCUCCAUGGCCAGGGGCAGGGCUUUUCUACUGGGUUCUUAAAGGUAGCAGAGUCUUUCUAAUGGCUGAACCUGAAGGAGGGAUCUUGUUGGUCUGCAGAGGCAAGGUUGCUCAAAAACCUGGAUUUCCCUGCUGGUAGUCCCUAGGCUUGGGGUCUCUCUGUUGAUCAGCCCCAGAGCAGGGUUUCAUUACUGGUCAUCAAUAGAGUCAAGGCUGGCUGGUUUGUGCUGGAGGUGGGGUUGCUAGGAUGGGGUCUUGCUGAGUUGCACAGACUGCUCAUUUACCCCUAGGUCUGCUGACUUGCAGAAGGGUAGGACCUUACUGGUGAUUGCCCCAGGUUUGGAGGCUUGCCUCAGGCCCCAUACUGGAACUGCUACUACUGCAACUACCCUUGUACCUCACUCUUUUCCCAUUCUAGUAAGACAAAUUUUUCCUUCUAUGCUGAUAAGCAAUUUCUUUGUUUCUAAAUCAAUUCGGAGGCAAUUUUCUACUUGUUUGUAGGGGAAUUUGGGGGGUCUUCAGAAGGUUCUUUCCUCACUCUGCUAUCUUGACACAAGUUUAUUAAAAGCCAGGAACACUGCUUUUAAUUAUGACUAAUUCCUUACACUGUGAGGAAGUUUCUGAGACUUCUUUGUCAGGAUUUUAAGAAGAGCUGUAGGAUAGAGGAAGUAGUUUAGGAAGUUCAGAAGUCUCAGGGCCACAGACACAGGAAGGUGAGUGGACACGGACCCCUCCCGACAAUCCCAUGCCCCCAGACUCCGAUCCUCAGCCUAUAGGUCUCUGUGAAACUAAAUUCUCUUUCCCCUCCUGAAGUGCAAACAAUGUACACAGUUUUCAUGGCUCUGCUUCCUGGCAGGGGAAGGAAUGUGGGCGAGGUUGGGCAGGGAUGUUAAGGAAAGGGUAAGGAGUAGAUUAUUUACUUGGCUAACUAAGGAGUUGAAGAGGAGAAUGUCAUUAACACAUGUGUGUAUAUCUACCUAUGUAUUUUCAGAUAUGUAUGUAUAUAUGUCAAUGGCCUUUCUCAGACCUCCUCUUGCUCAGCUUUCAUCUCCGUACUGAGCACUGGGAAGCACCCCUCCUUACUGUGGAACAGUACCUGUGAUUCAAGCUGAAGAGGAGGUCUGAAAGAGCAUUUCCCCCUUCAGUAACCCGUGGAGAAGGGAACAGCCAAAGGAAGGCACUAUGACAGAAUGGGGAAAGUCCCCUAAAGAAGGAGUUGUGGGUGAAGAUGAGAUCUCAUUCCUGUCUAUUCCUUUUCCCCAAGGCAGGGACUUUUUCACAGAGUGCUAUAAGACUGGGAGCACUAACUGUCUCAGGGAGUCUCUUGCGUCUACAGAUGGCGCGGUCCCACUUGCAUCCUUCCAUUCCCCAGCCCCGGGGCUGGGGAGCUCAGAAGGCAGCCUGCGUCCUGUUGAGCCUCUGUAUGGCCGCUGUGUAUAUCCUUGGGGAAUCUGCUGCCUUCACUCUCCAGUGGCUGCUGUUCUACUUCACCAGUGUACAAGUGGGGCUGCUGCUGAAGGGGGCUUACUGCCUGGCCGAGGAACUCUAUCACAUUCAAUCCAGGUACCAAGGUAGUUACUGGCAGGCAAUACAAGCCUGUAUUCGCUACCCACUCCAGCGGAUCUCUCUGUUGCUACUCUCGGGAUAUUUCUGUGUUACUCUCUUUAAUAAGCCAAACCCAUCACUCACCUGGACUUUUGCCUUAUUGGGUCUUUCUCAUGCCCUGAGCUUCAUCCUAGGACUCCAGAACUUGACAUCAGCUGAGAUCUCUGAAGUCUGUGAAAAGAAACAUCUUAAUGUGGCCCAUGGACUGGCCUGGUCAUAUUAUAUCGGGUACUUGAAGCUGAUCCUGCCUGGGCUCCAGACCCGAAUCCAAAUUUAUAAUCAGUUCAACAAGGAUGUCUUGAGGAGUCCUGAGGGCCAUCGGCUCCACAUCCUCAUCCCUCUGGAUUGCUCGGUCCCUGACAACCUGAGUCAGGUUGAUCCCAACAUUCAAUUCCUUCAAGAACUACCCCAGCACAGACUUGACCGGGCAGGUAUUAAAGGCAGGAUCUAUACCAACAGCAUCUAUAAAAUCUCGGAAGAUGGGCAGCCGGCAGAAGUCUGUGUCCUGGAGUUUGCCACCCCAUUGCAGACCCUAUUUGCCAUGUCCCAGGAUGCUCGGGCUGGCUUUAGCCGGGAGGACCGCCUGGAGCAAGCCAAACUUUUCUGCAGGACCCUGGAAGACAUCCUUGAGGAUGCCCCAGAGGCUCGAGACUGCUGCCGCCUGGUUGUGUACCAAGAACCUGAGGAUAAAGCUGUAAGCAACUUCUCCUUGUCUAAAGAGAUUCUUCGUCACCUGCGUCAGGAACGGCAAGAAGAGUUUGCUAUAAGGCCUAAAAGGGCUAUGACUGUGGCCACAGCCUCCACCUUGUCCCAGGAGCCUCAACUUCUCAUCAGUGGAAUGGAGCAACCACUCUCCCUCCGUACUGAUGGUUUCUAAGCAACUACCUUCUUCCCCAACUUAUAACCUGGAGUAACCAGGAAUCAGAAGGACCUUCUGCUCCCAAACCCAAGAGACCCUGACUCUGGUCCUCUUGUCAGUCCACCGGCUCUAGGUAGACACUUUCAACCACUAGAUGCCUGGGAAUGCUGCUGACCCCUCUGACCAUUCACUGAGAACAAUUUGGAACAGAAAUAUCCCCUGCUAGACUCUUGUUCAUCCUCCCCAUCCUUAAUUCUGGGACCUGGAACUGCUAAACCUGGGCUUCUUUACCUUUUCUGUAUUCUGGACCCCUUUGGCAGUGUGGUAACCCUAUGAACUCCCUUCUUAAAAUGCAUAAAAUAAAACAUACAGGUUUAUACCAAUUAUAUCCAAAUAUAGUUUUAAAAUAUUUAAAAAAUCAAACCCAUAGCUUAAGAAGCCUUAUACUAGAGAGUUUGUCAGGCAAACAUCCCUCUCUCUUUUCUGUUGCUGUCUUAAAUAGGGAUAGAUACUCAGUGAUACAUGUCUCAGAGACCAAGUAGUUACGAAAUGCAAGGUGAUGUACCACAGACCUCUCCUUUCUUUUCAGGAGAGUCAUGCAGCUGACCUCUAGUAGAUUUCAUAUAUAUAUAUAUUAGCAGUACUUUGUUUUUAUUUGAAUUUUUUCUUUCUGGGGAAAACAUGUAUUUUACAGUAUUAGUAAAUAUGGUAAUAUGAUUAUAUCAAUUGGUGAACUCAGUAUAUUCUGGAAUGUUGGAAUACUAUCAUACCCAAUGUAAUAUGCAACAAUAGCAAAAGAGAGAAGAAUACAUUAGAUUAGGACAUUUUAUGUUUAAAAAUACUCAUUGCAGUAGCUUUUGAAUUUUUAUUUCAAAUUUUUUCUGAGAUUUUAUUAAAUCAAGUCAUUGAACUUGAUCAUUUUGUUACUACAGAAAAACAAGGGCAUUUUAUUAUUGUAACAUCUUUCAUUUCUGAUUUUAGUUGAUUAUCUUAUUCUUCUCAUGUUUUGUAAGUUUUCAUGUGGAUAAAAUGUUUAAAAAAUUUUGUAGCACAUUUUUUUGUUUUCACAGUGAGAAAUAUAGAAAAUAAAUGUCUAUGACAUCA